AUGGUCGAUGCACCUAGGAGGUUUUCCGAAGCAACCAUGGUGAUGGGACCGGCAGCUAACAGUCUGUUGUUCAGAAGUCUGUUAUUCAAUCUCACCAACCACCCUACUUCUACCAUCCAACCUCUUAUACCAUCUUACCUCUCCAACCACCCUACUUCUACCAUCCAACCUCUUAUACCAUCUUACCUCUCCCACCACCCUAAUUCUACCAUCCAACCUCUUAGACCAUCUUACCUCUCCCACCACCCUACUUCUACCAUCCAACCUCUUAGACCAUCUUACCUCUCCAACCACCCUACUUCUACCAUCCAACCUCUUAUUCCAUCUUACCUCUCCCACCACCCUACUUCUACCAUCCAACCUCUUAUACCAUCUUACCUCUCCCACCACCCUACUUCUACCAUCCAACCUCUUAGACCAUCUUACCUCUUCCACCACCCUAAUUCUACCAUCCAACCUCUUAUUCCAUCUUACCUCUCCCACCACCCUACUUCUACCAUCCAACCUCUUAUUCCAUCUUACCUCUCCCACCACCCUACUUCUACCAUCCAACCUCUUAUACCAUCUUACCUCUCCCACCACCCUACUUCUACCAUCCAACCUCUUAGACCAUCUUACCUCUUCCACCACCCUAAUUCUACCAUCCAACCUCUUAUUCCAUCUUACCUCUCCCACCACCCUACUUCUACCAUCCAACCUCUUAUUCCAUCUUACCUCUCCCACCACCCUACUUCUACCAUCCAACCUCUUAUUCCAUCUUACCUCUCCCACCACCCUACUUCUACCAUCCAACCUCUUAUACCAUCUUACCUCUCCCACCACCCUACUUCUACCAUCCAACCUCUUAUUCCAUCUUACCUCUCCCACCACCCUACUUCUACCAUCCAACCUCUUAUACCAUCUUACCUCUCCCACCACCCUAAUUCUACCAUCCAACCUCUUAUUCCAUCUUACCUCUCCCACCACCCUACUUCUACCAUCCAACCUCUUAUUCCAUCUUACCUCUCCCACCACCCUAAUUCUACCAUCCAACCUCUUAUUCCAUCUUACCUCUCCCACCACCCUACUUCUACCAUCCAACCUCUUAUUCCAUCUUACCUCUCCCACCACCCUACUUCUACCAUCCAACCUCUUAUUCCAUCUUACCUCUCCCACCACCCUACUUCUACCACCCAACCUCUUAUUCCAUCUUACCUCUCCCACCAACUUACUUCUACCAUCCAACCUCUUAUACCAUCUUACCUCUUCCACCACCCUAAUUCUACCAUCCAACCUCUUAUUCCAUCUUACCUCUCCCACCACCCUACUUCUACCAUCCAACCUCUUAUUCCAUCUUACCUCUCCCACCACCCUAAUUCUACCAUCCAACCUCUUAUUCCAUCUUACCUCUCCCACCACCCUACUUCUACCAUCCAACCUCUUAUUCCAUCUUACCUCUCCCACCACCCUACUUCUACCAUCCAACCUCUUAUUCCAUCUUACCUCUCCCACCACCCUACUUCUACCACCCAACCUCUUAUUCCAUCUUACCUCUCCCACCAACUUACUUCUACCAUCCAACCUCUUAUACCAUCUUACCUCUUCCACCACCCUAAUUCUACCAUCCAACCUCUUAUUCCAUCUUACCUCUCCCACCACCCUACUUCUACCAUCCAACCUCUUAUUCCAUCUUACCUCUCCCACCACCCUACUUCUACCAUCCAACCUCUUAUUCCAUCUUACCUCUCCCACCACCCUACUUCUACCAUCCAACCUCUUAUUCCAUCUUACCUCUCCCACCACCCUACUUCUACCAUCCAACCUCUUAUUCCAUCUUACCUCUCCCACCACCCUACUUCUACCAUCCAACCUCUUAUUGCAUCUUACCUCUCCCACCAACUUACUUCUACCAUCCAACCUCUUAUACCAUCUUACCUCUCCCACCCAACCUCUUAA